AUCAUUGAUCCCAAACUCCCAGAACAACUCAGACACGGGUAACAAAAACUGCAGGAUUAACAGAUAUAUAAGCUCAUAAACGUAACUCAUGAGGAGCAAUUUGAUCUUUGUGGCUAUCCUGGGGAUAGCAUGCAUGAUGAUUGGAGUCAAUGGGAACAAUACAACGAGCAGUAGCAACUCCAUAGGCAGCUGGAUAUCUUCUAACAUGACCACCAACCUGACCCAGACACUCCCUCCCAACAUAACCACCAACCUGAACCAAACAAGCCUUGCCAACAUAACCAACAUCCUGCCCCAAACACAGCCUCCCAACAUAACCACCAACUCGCCCCAAACACAGCCUCCCAACAUAACCACCAACCUGAACCAAACAAGCCUUGCCAACAUAACCAACAUCCUGCCCCAAACACAGCCUCCCAACAUAACCACCAACCUGACCCAAACACAGCCUCCCAACAUAACCACCAACUCGACCCAAACACAGCCUCCCAACAUAACCACCAACUCGACCCAAACACAGCCUCCCAACAUAACCACCAACUCGACCCAAACACAGCCUCCCAACAUAACCACCAACCUGAACCAAACAAGCCCUGCCAACAUCACCGCAAACCCGACCCAGUCAGGCCCCCUCACUGUAACAAACAUUAUAAAAACGUCAAGUUCUAAUACUCAAUCAAUAGAAAUCACUGGCAGGGAUAACUGCAAGAGGGAUAGAGCAUGUUUCUCUGCUCCACCUUCCUGUAAUCCAAGUGCACAAGGUUCCUGCUAUUUCCUCUCUACAAGAGGAGUAGGUGGAAAUGCAGAUAAUUUUACUUUUGAGAUCAGUGGUGAGACAGAUGGUUACAUCGGAGCAGGCCUCUCUCGAGACAAGCGUGGUCAAGGAGCCACUGUCUAUUCUUGUGCCAAAGUCAAUAGUGAACUGAGGUUUUUCCGUUCCACACUGAACAAUCAAAUACUGACUCAGGAUAACACAUUCAUCCCUGGAAGUUUCCGUGGUUCGAUGAAUGGAAGAAAGAUUCAGUGCAUUUUCACUGCUGCAGGUCUCAGCAACAAUGCCCGUGCUGCAGCCACAGACAAUUUUGUCUUAUUUUUAACAGGAAGCGUCUCAAAUGGUUCUCUGGAUUCUCCAGUCACUAGACUGGCCACAAAUGGGUCAGUGGACUUAAGCAACCCUAACAGCACAGAUGUUACAGUAAUAACACCCAGUAUAGAUGCCACCACUACAGCCCCAAACAGCACUGCAUCUACUGCCACUGCAGCAUUAAACACCACUGCAUCUACUGCGUCUGGAGUAUCUACAGCUAAUAAUGGUACAGCAAAUGACAAGGUCACCAAAGACAACUGUAAGAAGGACAGGGCAUGUUUCUCCACUCCAGCCAACUGUGAUCCAUCCAGCUCAAGUAGCUGCUUUUUUGCCUCCACAAGAGGGGUGAACGGAGACUCCGACAAUCUCACUUUUGAGCUCAGCGGGGAUGCAAAUGGUUACAUUGCAGUUGGCCUGUCUCGAGACAAGAAGGAGGGUGAUAAUGACACCGUCUAUUCUUGUGCCAACAACAAUGGUGUGGCGAAGUUCAUCCGUGCAACACUGAAUAAUACCAUUCUGACUCCGGAUAAUACCUUUAACCCCAGAUCCUUCCGUGGCUCUGUGAGCGGCACUAGGAUUCAGUGCAUUUUUGUAGCUGCGGGCCUCAGCAGAAUCAUCCGUGCAGCAAACACAGAUACUUUCCUCUAUUUCUUCACUGGCAACUAUGCAAACGGCACUCUGGGGUCGCCAGUCACACGAAUGUCUACAAAUUCAUCGGUUGAUCUAACGAGCACUAACAGCUCAGAUGUUGUCAUAAUAACACCCACUACAAAUACUACCACUACUACGGUUUCUACUACAGCAAAACCUGCUACUACAGCAGGGAGCAAUGCACUGCAUCAUGCUGCAUCUCAGGCUGCUCUGGUAAUUCUCUCAGGGAUCCUUGCAGUCCUCCUGUUGUAAGGAUGCUGCCAACACGUCAUUUGCUUUCUGAAAUUGGUCGAUGAGCACUGAACGCUUGAUGAACCCAACACUAAAGUAUAUGUAAUUCAGCAUAUUUAUAACUGUGCAAUGUUGUGACUCUGGGAACAAUGAGGAAAGGAGCUGCAAAUAUGGGGAAGAGGGCAAUACAUCAUUUAUUUUAUCUGUGUGUAUGUGUGAGAGAGGUUGUGUUUGAGUGUGUUUUGUGAGCAUUAGUGUUUGCAUUCUACUAAUGUACUGCUACUUAAAAUCAGGCUCCUGCACAGAGAGGGCUGAUACAAAUUAGUGUAAUUGGUCUAUUGAUUUAAUUGUGCAAGUGUGAUGCCACGUGGCUGAAAUGAUCAAAGAUAAUUAUUUUUAGAUGUCUUAAUUUAUUUUGCAACUGUUGCCUCAAACCUGUAGUUGCCUGUAACUUUUAAAUAAAGUCACAUGUAUAUUUUUUUUGAAGAAAAAGAUGUAUAAUAAAAUGUUUAUGUAAACA